AUGUGGCCAGGGAGUCUGGUGCUCCUGACUUUCCUCCUUGCUCCAGUUCCAGUGAGAGGCACGAAAGAACUCCCCAAGGCAAAGAAAUAUGAAGUUGUCUAUCCUGUAAGACUUCAUCCACUGCACAAAAGAGAGCUCGCAGAGCCCAAGAACCAGGCUCCAUCUGAAACUGAAGUAACAUACGAGGUGAAAGUUAAUGGAAAAGUUACCAUGCUUUAUCUGAAGAAAAACAAGAAUCUCCUUGCACCUGGCUACACAGAAACACAUUAUAAUUCCAAUGGAGAGAUGGUCACCACAAGCCCACAGAUCAUGGAUAACUGCUACUACCAAGGCCAUGUCAUUAAUGCAGAAACUUCUGACGCCAGCAUCAGCACGUGUGAGGGUCUCAGGGGCUACUUCAGCCAAGGAGGUGAAAGGUACUUCAUUGAGCCCUUAAGCCACAGGAACCAGGAUGACCAGGAACACGCUCUCUUCAAGGAGGAUCCUGAAGAAGACGUGGUCAAUGCCACCUGUGGCUUGGGUGAUGUGUUACGGGCCCACCAAUCACACCACAGUGUGGAUUUACCUGCCACCAGAGUGAUUAAGAUGCAUGGUGGGAAGAAUCAGGAACAGAAGAAAUAUAUAGAAUAUUAUGUGGUCCUGGAUAAUGGUGAGUUUAAGAAGUAUGGCAAAAAUCUAGAUGAAAUAAGAAAGAGAAUAUUUGAGAUGGCCAACUACAUUGACAUGCUGUAUAGAAAGCUCAAUGCAACCGUGGUCUUGGUUGGGCUGGAAAUCUGGACGGACGAGGACAAGAUCAAGAUAACACCCAAUGCAACCUCCACCUUGGACAACUUUUCUAAGUGGCGGGGGAGAAACCUCCUCAGCCGGAAGCGUCACGACGUGGCUCAGUUGGUUUCCUCUGAAGACUUUUCUGGAGCAACUGUGGGCCUUGCUUUCCUCUCUUCCAUGUGUUCACCUUAUCACUCGGUUGGCAUCGUUCAGGACCACAGUAGCAAUCACCUUAGAGUGGCAGGGACCAUGGCCCAUGAAAUGGGCCACAACCUGGGAAUGUUUCACGAUGACCUCAGCUGUAAGUGUCUGUCUGCGGUCUGUGUGAUGGAGAAGUCCAUGAGAUUCUACAUGCCUACAGACUUCAGUUCCUGCAGCCGUGCCAACUAUUACAAGUUCCUUGAAGACAAAUCAUCACAUUGCCUUUUAAAUACUCCACUGCCCACAGAUAUCAUUUCUGUCCCCGUGUGUGGAAACCAACUGGUAGAAAUGGGAGAAGAUUGUGAUUGUGGGACCCCCGAGGAAUGUACCAACCGUUGCUGUGAUGCGCGGACCUGUCGAAUCAAAGCAGGCCUCCGAUGUGCUUCCGGAGAGUGCUGUGAAAGAUGCCAGUUUAAAAAGGCCGGGGCUGUGUGCAGAGCAGCAGAGCAUGAGUGUGACCUGCCGGAAAUGUGUGAUGGCAAAUCCAGUGACUGUGCCGAGGACAGGUUCAGAGUCAACGGUUUCCCUUGUGGUAACGGCAGGGGCUACUGCUUGAUGGGGAGAUGCCCCACCCUGGAGCAGCAGUGUAAGGAGAUGUGGGGGCCAGAAACGAAGGUGGCAGAGAAGUCCUGUUACCACAGGAAUGAAGAUGGCUCACAGUACGGAUACUGUCACAUAGUGAAUGGCACACCCGUCCCCUGUGAGGCAAAAGAUGUCAUGUGUGGGAAGUUGUUUUGUGAAGGUGGGUCAGGUAAUUUACCCUGGAAAGGAUUUACAGUGACUUUCAAAGGUUGUAAACUGUUUGAUCCUGAAGAUCCAAGUCAAGGAUUAGACAUGGUGGCCAAUGGGACCAAGUGUGGAAAUAACAAGGUGUGCGUGAGUGCCCGCUGCGUGGACGUGGAGAGGGCCUACAACUCUGCCAACUGCUCCUCUAAGUGCCAGGGCCAUGCGGUGUGCGACCACAAGCUGCAGUGUCAGUGCAAGGGAGGAUGGGCCCCUCCUGACUGCCGGGACUCCGCCGCCAUCUUCCAUUUCUCCAUUGUUGUGGGGGUUCUAUUCCCCAUGGCGGUCAUAUUGGUGGUGGUCACAAUAUUAAUCUGGCACCAAAGUACCCGAAGAAAGCAGAAGGUGCAGAGGCCACUGUCUACCACAAAUACCAGGCCACACAAGCAGAAGGCUAAACCUCAGAUGCUGAAGGCUGUUCAACCCCAAGAGAUGAAGCAGGAGAAGAAGCUUCCUGUGUCUGAUCUGCCUGUGGAAUGCAGUGAGGCUCCGGCUUCCAUUUUAAGCACAAAGCCAAAUUUUCCACCACCACCAAUUCCUACAUCUGUAUCAUCUUCCUAUUUCCUGGCUUUUGCAGAACAGAUCUUUGAUGGAAAAGUAGAUUUGGAGUAA